AUGGAAGACACAAAAGCACCCCAGGGUUCAGCCAAUGAUGAGGAGGCUCCCAACGAGAUUGGCAGCCGAUGGCCAAGUGCACGGUGGAGAAAAUCUAGCCAGGUGGUACUUGAAAAUGGGCGCAAAGUGGUUAGCGGGACUUUUAUUUUGAUCAAUUUUGAUUGCGCGGAACCCUCCCCUGUUAAAAUUGGACGUGUGAUCCAAAUUUGGCACCAGGUCACAUCAAACAUCAUUUUAUUUCAAGUGAAUAAAAUCAAGUUGUCGGUGGGUCUGCACCAUUUUUAUGGAAUGAGAGAAGUCAAAGAAACCCAACAGAGUGCUUGGAUAGACGCAAAUGUAACCCCGGAAGAUUGGAAGCAGUCUGUCACAAGAGGCCUUGCAGCGUGGUUUGACAAAUGUCCGCCAAAGGGUCUAGGAAACAAUCCUGUUGAUGAUCCCAUGGAAGAAGAGGAAGAGGCAUUGAUGCCAAUGCAUGUCUGA